AUGGCCUCUUCCUCUCUUACAAGGACUUCAUCUCCCUUUUCUCUUCCCUGCUUCUUCUUUCUUUUCUUCUCUUGCCAUUCUCUCCUUUCUUCCAUACAAAGCACAGAAGCUUAUUUCUCCAUAUCAGCCCUACUUCCUGAAUCCCUCUUCAAUUCCAUCUUCCUCCAUAAAGAUAACAAUGCAUGCCCUGCUAAAGACUUUUACACCUACCCUUCUUUAAUCCGAGCCGCCAGAUGCUUCCCUAAGUUCGGCAAUGUCGGCCCACUAGCUAUCCGCAAGCGCGAGAUUGCUGCUUUUCUCGCUCAAAUCUCCCAUGAGACUACUGGAGGGUGGGCCACAGCACCAGAUGGACCAUAUGCUUGGGGCUUAUGUUUUAAAGAGGAAGUGAGUCCACAAAGUGACUACUGCGACUCCACCAACAAGCAAUGGCCUUGUUAUCCUGGCAAGUCAUACAAAGGAAGAGGACCCAUCCAGCUCUCAUGGAAUUACAACUAUGGCCCAGCCGGGAAGGCGCUGGGCUUCGACGGCCUGAGAAACCCGGAAGCCGUUACGAACAGCUCGGAAACCGCCUUCAAAACCGCUCUCUGGUUUUGGAUGACGGAGCAGAAGCCAAAACCGUCGUGCCAUGACGUCAUGGUGGGGCGGUAUCGUCCAUCGAAAGCGGAUCUUGAGGCGAACCGAACGAGCGGUUUUGGGCUUGUGACGAAUAUAAUCAACGGUGGAUUGGAGUGCGGGAGAGCUGGAGACGGCCGCGUCAACGAUCGGAUCGGCUAUUUUCAACGAUAUGCACAGCUGUUUGGUGUCGAUGUGGGGCCCAACUUAGAUUGCGAGAAUCAGAAGCCCUUUUGAGUA